UUUGUGAAGUAUUGAUUCAUUAUUUUCUUACGCCUAAGCUAACUGUAAUUUAGAAAUAAAAAGGUGGACAAAGGCACAAAACUAUACCACUUCUAAUUAUCAAUAUAAAUACUAAUCAUAGUCUCACUCUCACUUUCUCCAUCACACAUACAUCUUCUCCAUCCAUUACACAACGAAGCAUAGUGGCAAACCCGUAAAUACAUAAUACCAAUGACGACCAAAGAUUGCGGAAACCACGGCGGCGGCGGAGGAGGAGGAACCGCCAGUCGAAUCUGCGGAGUAAUCAUCGGCUUCAUCAUCAUCGUCUUGAUAACAAUAUUCCUCGUUUGGAUAAUCCUCCAACCGACAAAACCAAGAUUCAUCCUCCAAGACGCCACCGUCUACGCCUUUAAUCUCUCGCAGCCUAACCUCCUCACCUCAAACUUUCAGAUCACGAUCGCUUCACGUAACCGAAACUCAAGAAUCGGAAUCUACUACGACCGUCUUCACGUCUACGCUACUUACCGGAACCAACAAAUCACUCUACGUACAGCAAUUCCUCCGACGUACCAAGGCCAUAAAGAAGACAACGUUUGGUCUCCUUUCGUUUAUGGAAACUCCGUCCCUAUCGCUCCUUUCAACGCCGUGGCUCUCGGCGACGAGCAGAAUCGUGGGUUUGUCACGUUGAUUAUACGCGCCGAUGGACGCGUGAGGUGGAAGGUCGGGACUCUUAUUACAGGGAAGUAUCAUCUCCAUGUUCGUUGUCAGGCGUUCAUAAAUCUGGCUGAUAAAGCCGCCGGAGUUCAUGUCGGCGAAAACGCCGUCAAGUACAUGUUGAUCAAUAAGUGCAGUGUCAAUGUUUAGUAGGUAAAAUGACACAACUUUGACGCCGUCAAUGUUUGCAUUCUUCUUCUUUUCAUUUUUCUUCUACUUGGAUAAUGUUUUUGCUUCAAUAUCGUUUAAUUUGUCUACGUUUUUUUUCCUGUUGAUCUUCUCGUAAAUUAUAAUUUUUUGUUUGAAUCUGCUAUAACUACAUGUCAUAUAAAUUCCUGGAAUAUAUAUGUUUGUUAGUUGACGUAGUUCUGAAAUUAUAAGAAAUUAAUUCAAAAGUAGAAUGUGAGGAGGAAAAUGAUUGGAGGAGAGGUUUCAACUUUUAAAGUAAUAUCGG